AUGGGUUUUUUCAUGGCAAUUUUUGGUGUUUUUUUCAUUCUCUGUUUAUGCUCUGCUCUUUUGCGAUGGAACGAACUAAGAUAUAGGAAGAAAGGCUUACCUCCUGGCACAAUGGGAUGGCCACUUUUUGGAGAGACAACAGAGUUUCUGAAACAAGGACCAAAUUUCAUGAAAAAUCAAAGAUUAAGGUUUGGAAGUUUUUUCAAAUCACAUAUACUUGGUUGUCCUACAAUAGUUUCAAUGGAUGCAGAGGUUAAUAGAUACAUAUUAAUGAAUGAAUCAAAGGGUCUUGUUCCUGGAUAUCCUCAAUCUAUGUUGGAUAUCUUAGGAAAAUGUAAUAUUGCAGCUGUUCAUGGCUCUACUCACAAGUAUUUGAGAGGCGCACUUCAUUCUAUUAUUAGUCCAAGUAUGAUUAGAGAUCAAAUUUUGCCUAAAAUUGAUGGCUUUAUGAGUUUUCAAUUGAGUAAUUGGGAUGACAAAAUCAUCAACAUUCAAGAGAAAACUAAAGAGAUGGUGUUUCUAUCAUCUUUGAAGCAGAUUGCAAGUAUAGACUCAAACUCAAAAAUUGCUGAAUCUUUCAAGACAGAGUUUUUUAAACUUGUUUUAGGAACCAUUUCUCUACCUAUUAAUCUCCCCGGAACAAAUUACCACCGUGGAUUUCAGGCAAGGAAGAACAUAAUUAACAUUUUGAGACAGUUACUAAAGGAAAGAAGAGCAACAAAUGAAAGUCACAAAGACAUUCUUGGUUGUUUAAUGGAAAAUGAAGAAAAUAAGUAUAAAUUAAGUGAUGAAGAAAUAAUUGACUUAGUGAUUACACUCAUGUAUUCUGGUUAUGAAACUGUUUCAACCACCUCAAUGAUGGCAGUGAAGUACCUCCAUGAUCAUCCCAAAGCUCUUGAAGAAAUUAGAAAAGAGCAUUUGGCUAUAAGAGAGAGGAAAAAACCAAAUGAACCAAUUGAUUUCAAUGAUAUCAAAUCAAUGAAGUUUACUCGUGCAGUGAUUUUUGAGACAUCUAGAUUGGCUACAAUAGUUAAUGGAGUUCUAAGGAAAACCACUCAAGAUUUGCAACUAAAUGGAUAUUUGAUUCCUAAAGGAUGGAGAAUAUAUGUGUAUACAAGAGAGAUAAAUUAUGAUCCUUUUUUAUAUCCUGAACCAUUAGCAUUUAAUCCAUGGAGAUGGAUGGAUAAAAGUUUGGAAUCACAAAAUUAUUUCUUGAUAUUUGGAGGUGGCACUAGACAUUGUCCAGGAAAAGAGGCAGGAAUCACAGAAAUUUCAACUUUCUUACACUAUCUUCUAACUAGAUACAGGUGGGAAGAAACAGGAGGAGAUAAAUUAAUGAAGUUUCCUAGAGUUCAAGCACCAAAUGGAUUGCACAUGAAAUUUUCAUCUUAUAAUAACUAG